CGGUUUCAAAUCGUAUGUAAAUCGUAAUUCAUCACAACCCGAUUCAAGCAUACAACGAUAAGGCGUUUAUCGUAAUCUGCUAAUACCAGCGUCCGACGAGUGGCGCUUAUCAAAUUAUUUUUAUCAAUCAUUAUCAAUUGGACUCGAGCUUCUUACGUUGGUGAUCGGUAUUUGAGGACUAGUUGAAGACAAAUAUUUUUGUUUAUUGUGACCUGUGAAAUUUGUUUUGUUUUAUACAAGAAUGUUCAUUCAUCAAUGACGAUGGACGAUGGCACACUGUCAAGAACAACGGGCUCCGUGGUGCUCCAAGUCGGAGCUCUGGAAUUACUGGCUCGAUACUCCAUGAAUUCUGGGAGAGCGACCAGUGUAUUAUCAUCUCUUCACGAGUUCAGAAGUCAAGAGGCAGAACAAAAUGGCGGAAAACAAUGGAAUUGGAAAUAUUUAAGGGAUCAAUUUUAUCAGAAAGAUCUAGAAGGUUUAUAUCGAAAAUAUGAUGACAAGUUGAGAGAAACACUCAUAUACAUUUAUGUAUCGCUGUUAGUAUUAUUUUCGACGAUUCACAUAAUUUUGGUAAUUGCUAGUACUUACAAUGAGCAAGUACAGUGGAGAUCAACAUAUUUGUCAAUGGGAAUGUAUUUUUUGAGGAUAGCAGUACCAACACUUUCCUUCUGCUCUAAGUGUUUCUAUAAACCGCUAAAAAAGAAAUGGUUCUGGAUUCCAAUUAUGAUCACAUUUAUUCUCACCGCUGAUCUCGUGAUAUCAGAUAUCACUGUUGCGAUAUACAGCGCGUUUGAAGGCAUGGCUUUGAGACCAGCGUACUCCACCAUGGCUCUUCUAUCGGUAUAUAUAUUUCUACCGAUGCGAAAUAACUACCUGGCGAUCAUUUUGGGAGGCAUUGUCAGCAUUGUCUAUAUCUUCGUGUUCGCAUUCGUCACAUACAUCGAUAACCCGAACAUCGAGGUGGUGGUAAGGGUUGCGUGUGAAGUUAUUUAUCUGAUUGGAGUCAAUCUCAUGGGUAUAUACUUCAGACUGAUGAACGAGAUAGUCACGCGACGGUCAUUUUUAGAUAGACGUGCCUGUGUAGAGAGCACGCUAAGACUUAAAUUUGUCAAGGACCAAGAGGAACGUCUCAUGUUGAGCAUUUUACCUGAACAUAUCGUUUCAAGGGUGCGGCAAGACAUACGAAACAUGUUCUUGGAUAUCCGAUCGCAGAGUCACAGUCAUAAUAUGAAAUCUUUUAGUCAGUUAUAUGUAGAGGAACAUGAUAAUGUAAGCAUAUUAUACGCGGAUGUUGUGAACUAUACGAAAAUAUCGACGACCUUGUCCCCUAUGAGAAUGGUGGAACUACUCAACGAACUGUUCGGAAGGUUCGACGAAGCUUCUGAAGAACACGACGUUCUACGUAUCAAAUUUUUGGGUGACUGUUAUUACUGUGUAAGUGGAAUACCGAAACCGACGGAACAGCACGCAAAAAACUGCGUUGACCUUGGACUGGAAAUGAUACAUAUCAUUAAAGAUGUCAGAGAAAAGCGCUGCUUGAAUAUUGAUAUGCGAAUCGGCGUGCACUCGGGGAAAAUCUUGAGCGGUUUGAUCGGCAUUCGAAAAUGGCAAUUCGAUAUCUGGUCGAAAGACGUAACUAUUGCGAAUAAAAUGGAAUCCACGGGAAAAGCCGGUAAAGUCCACGUUACGAAGCAAACCCUGGAACUUCUAUUGGACUAUGCGAGAGAAUACAUCAUCGAACCGAACUUCGCGUCUCAGAGCGACCCAUUUAUAAUUAAGAACAAACUCGAAACGUAUCUGCUCUCGAGACCACCGAAGCCUCCAGCGGAUUACAAACCAUUUCGAAGGGCUUCUGUUGGCUUCAACAAGAUAAUCACAUCUCGCUCGCGCGGUAGACGAUCGGAAAAUAGAAGUUCAUCAACAUUUCGUAGGACAACCGCUUUCAUGGACGAGAACCUCGUUGAAUACCAACAAAUGCUUAAGGCAGCCGAUGCUCAAAUGGCAAAGGAAAUUGAAGAUAUGACAAAUGGAAAGGAACAUCUGAAACACGAAUCUAGUUUAAACCGGAUAACAUUGAUGUACAAAAAUUUGAAGCUGGAAGGAUCGUUUCUACAGCAACCGGAUCCGUUAUUUAAAUAUUACAUAACAUGUUGUCUCAUUAUUUUGAUCUUAAUCAUGAUAAUCAAUGGAGUGACUACUAAUUGGUAUUUCGAAUUCGUAUGGUAUACGAAAACGUUGUGUUCGCUAUUAGUCAUCGUACUAGUUAUAACGCAGCCAUUGAGUUGGUUUCAAUUAAUUUGGAUAAAAUGUAGAGGUAUCGACGAGCCUCAAAAUCGAUGGCUUCGAAAACUUUACGACACGUCUCUAACAAUAAUAAAAUCAGCGAAAAUAAGAACAGCAAUGUAUGUAAUAAUAAGCUUGGGUCUAACCGCUACUUCGAUGGUAAAUGUCAUUGCUUGCACCGAGGUUCAAGUAGAACCUUCGAUUGCAACCGUUUUGUCGAACUGCGUGUCGUCGUGGCAUGUCACUCAGUGUUGGAGCUUGGCACUGCUCUUGAACUUUUUAUUUAGCAGAGUAUUUUUUAUAUUCAAAUGGAUUGUUGCUGGAAUAAUGACCACUUUCUACCUGUGGGUAGUAUGGGAAAUUAAGUCAUCGCUCUUCUCUACAGAUCUCACUUGGAAUGUGGGCUUAGACCCGAGAAUAUCUCACACAUUGUCAGUGAUAUUUAUAACAAUUACAUUAUACUGGAUUGACAGAACUACUGAAUACAGAAAUCGAUUAGAUCAUUUGUGGCAAAUACAGCUAAGCGAAGAACAGGAGGAAGCUGAGACGAUGUUGAAAGUCAAUAAUAUGCUCCUUGAAAAUAUUUUACCUGCUCAUGUGGUUCAAGUAUAUUUAGAUCUAAAUAGGUCUAUAGAUGAAUUGUAUUAUGAGAAAUAUGAUAAUGUGGCGGUAAUGUUCGCUUCACUGACGGACUAUAAAUUAGGACUCGAAAACGACGCAGACUUAAGUGAUAAAUUCGUUCUUAGUAUUUUAGACGAAGUUAUAUCUGACUUUGAUCGGCUUCUUCUAACUGGUACGUCAAUACAUAAAGUGGAAAAGAUCAAAAUGGCAGGCUGGACGUAUAUGGCAGCAUGUGGAUUAGACCCAAAUCGACGGGAUUCGUUCGACUCUUCGUCAUACAGCUCAGUUUUCGAUAGAGCGAAAAAUACGCCAUAUAAUCAAACUAUCGUGGUGACAAUGGUCGAAUUCGCAGCAGCUAUGAUGAUGCAGUUACAAACUUUUAAUCGCGGUUCUUUUCAAAGUUUCGAAGGAUUAAACUUACGAAUAGGAAUAUCAAACGGCGAAGUAGCAGCCGGUGUCGUUGGGUCACUAAAACCUCUGUACGAUAUCUGGGGUAAUGCUGUCAACAUGGCCUCGCGAAUGGAUUCUACUGGUGAAACCGGUAGAAUACAGGUUACAGAAAAUACCGCGAUUAUUUUGGAUGAAUGUGGAAUCCUGACAACUUACAGAGGAGAAACAUUCGUAAAAGGCAGAGGCUACAUCAAGACUUAUUUCGUACCAUUAGAUGAUCAUUUUAAUUUAGUUAAAAAACAGAACAGCUCAGUUUAUUUUAGAUCAGGUGGUAGAAUACAACACAAUGUAGUUAGAAAUACAAUAUUAACCGAUACUUCUGAAGGAACUGGUACUUUUGAUACAGUUUCACAGAAUUCAACAUAUAAUAUAGGAUACGUUCCCACCUAUAAUCAAUCGGAUUAUGAAUUAGAUGAGAGUAAUCAAUUUAAAAGCUUUAAUAAAUUAAACAGAUCCAUUAGUUAUUUAGAAAGUGUUGAAAAUGUUAUUCCAAUACCGCCAAGAGAUGAUCUUAGCGAUUCUUCCUUCGAACCUAAUAUUAUCGAGACUCGUUGCUAAUGUAUGGAGUACUGUGAUUGGGAUUGUAAUUCGAAUGUUUAAAAUCUUAAGUAU